AAGUCUAUAUUAUAGUACUUGAGUAUUAAUUUAUGCAGCAAAUAUUGGCCAAAAUAUCUUAAUUAAGCCACCCACGUGAGAACAUUGAUUCAUUAAUUAUUGAUUAAUUCCUGCAUAAUAUCUUCUCCUACUAAUUAAUAUUGAAGAAAAUGUCUUAUAUUAAGGAGAGUGCAUAGAUAUUCCUGCCUGUCACAACGCCAUGGCUUCAGCCUUAAGCAGCUCCACAGCUGUGUUGUUCCUUUCAACUUUACUUCUUCUGAUUCUUUUCUUCAUCUCCCAUAACCUAACCCUAAACCAAACCCAGCUUACUAUCCACUCUUACUCCUACUCCCUUACUAACAUUUCAACCAACAACAAUAAUAACACAACUAUUACUUCUAUUCCUAUUCCUUCAACAAGUCAUGAUAUUAUUAUUCAAAACAUCGACCAUAAUAGUAGUACUACUACUACUCCACCAAAUGUUUCUUUAGCCUCUUUUCUCUCACCAUCAAGUUCUUUGCAUCCAAACACUAAGAUCAUUAAUAGUAGAUCAGAUAAAAUUGAGAGUGAUUUGGCCCAGGCUCGAGCAGCUAUUCAUGAAGCAAUUGUUACCAAAAGUUUCAAAUCUGAUAAGAAUGAGAGCUUUAUACCAAGAGGUUCGGCUUACAGAAAUCCCUAUGCUUUUCAUCAGAGUCACAUAGAGAUGGUUAAGAGAUUUAAAGUGUGGAGCUACAAGGAAGGAGAGCCACCAGUGUUUCACAUGGCACCAGUGAACAACAUAUAUGCUAUUGAAGGGCAUUUCAUGGACGAGAUAGAGAGUGAGAAGAGUGGAUUUAGAGCCAGAAAUGCUGAAGAAGCACAUAUGUAUUUUCUGCCAUUGAGUGUGGUCAACAUCAUUAGUUAUGUUUAUAAUCCCAUUCUUACCAAAGCCGAUUACAGCCGAGACCGCCUCUGUCGGCUUGUCUACGAUUACAUUCAUGUGGUCGCCAAUAAGUACCCCUUUUGGAAUAAAUCCACUGGUGCUGAUCAUUUCAUGCUUUCCUGCCAUGAUUGGGCACCAGAAAUUUCACAUAGGAAACCUCAAUUUUUGAACAACUUCAUCAGAGUUCUAUGCAAUGCCAACACUUCAGAAGGAUUUCAACCCAAAAGAGAUGUCUCACUUCCAGAAAUUAACUUGAGAGUUGGAACUUUAGGCCCACCUAAUGUGGGCCUAAGCCCAAAAAAACGUACAACUCUUGCCUUCUUUGCAGGAAGGGCCCAUGGAUAUAUUAGACAUGUCUUGUUCGAGCAUUGGAAAGAUAAAGACGAUGAAGUUAGAGUUCAUGAAAAGCUCCCUAUAGGCCAAAACUACUCCAAGUUAUUGGGCCAAAGCAAGUUUUGUUUGUGCCCUAGUGGGUAUGAAGUGGCUAGUCCAAGAGUAGUAGAGGCAAUCAAUGCAGGGUGUGUUCCAGUAAUUAUAUCUGAUAAUUACUCGCUACCCUUUAAUGAUGUGCUUAAUUGGAACACAUUUUCCAUAAAUAUCCCAACUUCAAAGAUACCAGAAAUUAAAAAUAUUUUAAAAAAGGUACCGAUUAAAGAGUACCUAAAAAUGUAUAGAAGAGUAUUACUAGUGAAGAAACACUUUGUGUUAAACAGGCCAGCUCAACCAUUUGAUGUAAUUCAUAUGGUGCUUCAUUCUAUUUGGUUAAGGCGACUUAACUUCAAGUUUGGAAAUGUAAACAACAUAUAAUUGAGGAAUAUUUAGAUUUGAUUAGAAA